CUCUCUUAGGUAGCAGCUGGCUGGAGCGCUGAUAUCCUCAUCCUAGUAGUCACCGCCAAGGGCCGCUCGUUCUGACUUACUUCCCUUCAUCUUACAUACUACGGAUCUAUCAUUGCAUCACGGUUGCGCUAUGCCCGAAAAUGUUCAUUCAAACCUCUGGUCGGUGAUCCGACGAGAUAGCAUCAGCACUACUGUCCGAGGGGAUGAACCAGAUGAAGAGGCUUUCCUCCCAGUUUACGAACCCCCUAGUGUGGGAAGCAAAGUGUAACAUUGUGCCUCCAAAUGGCUUCUUUCAUCGCUAAUUAUUCUGCUCCGCUGCUUAUCCUUCGUGGCGUUGUUUAUCUAUGCGGUGUCGAUCAUUAACAGUAGAUAUCGGGGACCGCCUCUCACACUGGCCAGAUCAAGUACUUCAAAUCCCUCAGAGUCAUUUUUGCAGAUGGACACACAAGAGACGGUGGUAUAUACGUACAACUUACAAGCUGGGUUUGCUCCCUUGCAAUUCUCCGUGCUCGUUGAACCUGAAGCAGAUCAACCAAAUCACUACACCCUGUCCCUCUCAAUGAAAGCUGGUCAUGUUGAAAGAGCUCUCUGUGCUCCAGUCACCCUGAGACUAUCAAUAGACCCCCGGCAGUUGGAUUUCUCUGUUUUCAUCUUUCCUCCACGAACGAGUCUACCAGCUGGCUGUCUGUACAACCUGCGCGUUUGGCUCCAGACUGCAGGCAUCGACCACCGGAUAUUUAGCGAUAACGACCUUUGGGUUGGGAGAGACCCCGACUUUCGAUCUGUCGGAGACGCUUCAUUUGCCGUAUUGCGGAAUGCAACACAAGACAUGCUGAUAUACCAGGGCAUGGUAGGUCGUGCACACGUUAGCUUCAUAAUACGAUGGAAACUCGUAGAAGUUGGCCUAUACAGUCUCUCCCUAGAGUACGAAGCCGGAGGCGCCGGACGAACACUCUUCGAUGACUGCUACAUGAGACUAGAGUGCGAACCCCAAAUCGUCACAUUCCUGAUCUACGUCAUACCUGUAACCUCAACACCCGCCGGCGCAUCUCACCGCCUCCGCUUCUGGCUCCGCACACCCUUCGUAUCGCAUUCCCCCGCUUCUUCCACAAACUCCCAAUCCGAAUCCUACAUCUACCAGCGCAUAUGGAAAUCAGACGAUUUCAAGAUAGGUGCUAAUCUCAACUUUGAAGCACUAGGACCAAAACUCGUGAUGGGCGUCCGCGAUCCAGAUUCACCGCGAAUAGAGCGUGAUCUUCCGUGUUUAGACCCUAGUCGACGCCGGAGCUCACGGACACCUACGAAUGCAAUUGGUAGCUCGUCAAGAAAUUCUAUGUUCCAUAUUCGUUGAUCCCGGGACUUUACUUAUAUCAUGCACUUGACGUAUGCUUCUCAUAUCACGACAUUUCGGCCGUCCAUAUUUAUUUCAUUUACUUGUAUCCACUUACAUCCACGUUUAACAUCGAAGAAAAUUUAUAGUUCAUGCGUAAGUUACGAUACAAAAUUGUGUUGUCUGGUUUUUAAAAUGCUGAAAUA